AUGGUACACGCAUCGUCCGCAGCCAGAUGGGUGGCCAUCGUGGCCUUCACCCCCCUCGUCUUGGGCCAGACUUACAUCCUUGACCCAAUCACCACGGCAAUUUGCGACCCUGCUCUGGGCUACUGCCCGACUGAGCCGACAGCUACUCCUUCGGCUACUCCUUCGGCACCUCUGACUCUGCCAUGUAACCCAGAACUCGGGUAUUGCCCGGGCUUGUCGUCGUCGACUCUACCUCUACCUCUGGCUCCAUCUCCAUCUUGCAACCCGGAACUCGGGUAUUGCCCAGGCUUGCCUUCGUCGGUUCCGGCUGUCCCUCUACCUUGUGACCCAGAGCUAGGGUACUGCCCUCUUCCACCCGGAGCAACAUCGACCAUCGGGAUACCGGGCAUCGAGACACCGGGCAUCGAGACAUCCGCCAUUAGCGCCGGGACCACCAGCGCGCUUAGCAGCAGCGAAGCCCCCGUGCCCACCGCCGUGCCCACCAUGUCAGAGGCACCCUGCAUCUGUCUCGUCUACCCAUGCGAAUGUGACGCCGCGGCCUCCACCAUGUACACCACCGUGGUCCACACCAUCACCUCCUGCCCGGCAUCCGUCACUGACUGCCCCUACGGCUCAACGACCCAAUCCGUCGUCCCUCUGCCUACCUUCACCCCCUGCGCCAGCGCCGAAGAGUGCCAGGCACAAGAUGACGCCUGCCGCACCGCGCCCAACGCCAACCAAUCCUACUGCGCGGCCCAGCUCGCCGAGUGCCUCAGCCAGCACCCGGAGGCCCCGACGACCGAGGCCCUGCACACGACCAUCUACACGACCCAGUACGUCGACGUCUGCCCCACGGGCCUCACGACCAAGACGUACACCCUCACCAACACCUGCACCAGGACCGAGUGCCAGCAGCCGACCACCCACCCCGCCAACUUCGCCGAGACGACCAAGGUGUGCACCGCCUGCCCGGGCCAGCCCACCCUGACCGUCACCUGCCCCAUCACCAGCACCGCCCUCUACACCAACGGGACGUCCCCCCCGGGCACGCCCGUCCCGGCCCCGGCCCCGGCCGCCACCCCCUGCAACGGCGCCAACUGCCCUCCUGCCGGCUCUGCCCCGGCUUGCAACGGCGCCAACUGCCCCCCUGCCGGCUCUGCUCCGGCUUGCAACGGCGCCAACUGCCCCCCUGCCGGCUCUGCUACGACCACCGGCACCGGGCCGUACAUGACCGCUGGCGCAGCGAAGGGCUUCGCCGCCGAGAAGGCGAGCGUGCUGGCCGUCAUGGGCGGAGUGAUUGGUGUCUUCGCGUGGGGUCUGUAG